AUGUCCAAAACAUUCACCGCCGCCGAUGUGGCCAAGCACACGGCCACGGCCAAAGAUGGCAUGUACGUUAUCAUCGACGGGGCAGUGUACGAUGUGACAAACUUUGUGGACGAGCACCCCGGAGGAGCAAAGAUCUUGAAACGAGUGUGCGGGAAGGACGCUUCAAAACAAUUCUGGAAGUACCACAACGAGUCGGUCCUCAAGAAGUAUGGCCCCAAGUUGAAGAUCGGUGCGGUCGGCGACAAGGCGAAGCUGUGA